CUGGAGCAGCAAUACAACAAGGUGCGGAAGCCCAUCUACGUGAAGCGCGGCGAGGUGAUCGCCAAGAUACCCGAAUUCUGGAAGACGGCCUUCCUCAACCACCACGUGUUGUCGGACCUGAUCACGGAGGACGACGAGGAGGCGCUGUUCUACCUGAGCGAGGUGAUGGUGGACGACUCGGAGGACAUCAAGAGCGGGUUCAAGAUCACCUUCCGGUUCAAGGCCAACCCGUACUUCGAGGACGCUGAGCUGCAGAAGUCCGUGAACUUCGCGGAGGACGGCACGCUGCACGUGGACGGGACGCCGCCCAGCUGGAAGGAAGGCAUGGGCCCGUCCGAGGACGGCGCCGCCGUGGGCGGCAAGCGCGGCCGGGAGCACGUCUACAGCUUCUUCCAGUGGUUCGUGGAGUCCGGCACGCUGGACAGCGGGCACCAGGACGAGAUCGCGGCCAUUAUCAAGGACGAGAUCUGGCCCAACCCGCACAAAUACUACCAGAACGACCUGGAGGACUUUGACGGCUACGUGAGCCAGCCGCCGGGGGCAUUGGAUCCCUUCGAUGAGGACGAGGAAGGUGACGAGGACGAUUUCGACGAGGGGUAUGACGAGGCGGCAUACGCUGAGGGGCGAGGCCAGAAUGCAGUGCAGCCCCCCUUGGAUGGGGAGGUCCCUUGCGAGUAUGAAGAGGAAGAGGACGAUGACGAUGAAGAUGAUGAUGAUGACGAUGAGGAGCAGGAGGGAUGA